CAGCCAAAUGCAAUCUACUUGUGGGAAUCUUUAUAACUUAACCAGCAAGGUUCAAAUUAACACAAUGGUGAAGAUGGGAGAAUUUUGGGCAACUCUAGGCUCAGUUAUAGCGAGUUUGAUGUUUGUAAGGGCAAUUCUUAAAGAAUACUUCCCAUAUCAACUAUGGGGCUAUAUUGAAAAAUACAGUCACAAACUUGUUCGUUUUGUGUAUCCAUAUAUUGAAAUUACGUUCCCUGAAUUCACAGACGAACGUCUCAAGCGCAGCGAAAUCUUCUCCGCAAUUCAAACCUAUCUCAGCGCCAAUGAUUCCGUGCGUACGCGAGCUUCAAGGUUUAAAGCCGAUGUCGUCAAAGAUAGCAAGUCUAUUGUCCUCAGUAUGGACGAUAAAGAAGAGGUUACCGAUGAGUUUAAAGGCGUCAAAAUUUGGUGGGUACUGGGUAAAAACACUCCCAAAAGAGACUUUUCGUUUUCAUUUUACCCUGCUGCGGAUGAGAAGAGAUUUUACAAGCUCACUUUUCAUAAGAGUCACAGGGAUUUGAUCACGGGUUCUUAUAUUAGCCACGUGUUAGACGAAGGAAAAGCCACUACAGUGAGGAACCGGCAGAGAAAACUAUACAGUAACAAUCCGAGCAAGAACUGGCAUGGCUGGAAAGCAACAAAAUGGAGCCAUGUUCAUUUUGAGCAUCCGGCGACGUUUGAUACUUUGGCAAUGGAGAGAAAGAAGAAAGAAGAUAUCAAGAAAGAUCUGAAGAAGUUUAGUGAAAGCAAAGAGUACUACAAGAAAAUAGGGAAGGCUUGGAAGCGUGGAUAUCUCCUCUAUGGUCCUCCAGGAACUGGUAAAUCAACCAUGGUGGCCGCCAUGGCGAAUUUUUUGAACUAUGAUAUCUAUGAUCUUGAACUUACAACCGUCCAGGACAACACUGAGCUGAGGACUCUUUUGAUCGAGACGUCGAGUAAGUCAAUCAUUGUCAUAGAGGACAUCGAUUGCUCACUUGAUCUUACUGGUCAACGCGAGAAGAAAAAAGAGAAAGAUGAUGAAGAAGAAGAGACGGAUCCGAUUAAAAAGAAACAAAAAGAAAUGGAAAAGGAGAGAGACAAAAGCAGCAAGGUUACACUAUCCGGGCUGUUGAAUUUCAUUGACGGGCUCUGGUCAGCUUGUGGGGGAGAAAGAAUCAUUGUGUUUACAACUAAUUUUGUGGACAAGCUCGAUCCAGCUCUUAUUAGAAGAGGAAGAAUGGAUAUGCGCAUUGAAAUGUCUUAUUGUAGCUUUGAAGCAUUCAAGGUGCUGGCUAAGAAUUAUUUGAAUAUUGAGUGGCAUGAAUUGUAUGCAGAAAUUGAGAGAAUGUUGGCGGAAACCGAUAUGACUCCUGCUGAUGUUGCGGAGAAUUUGAUGCCGAAGUCUGACGAGGAAAAUGCAGAGAGUUGUUUGAAGAAUUUGAUUGAAGCUCUUGAGGUCGCGAAGGAGGAAGCGAGAAAGAAGGCCGAGGAAGAAGCGCGGUUGAAGGCGGAGAAAGAAAAGAAAGAAAAAGAGAAGUCUGCAGAAGAAAAUGUGAACAAAGAGGAAGAAACUUCAGGUAAUAAAGAUAAAGAGUUUGGCUCCAUUGAUCAUAAGGAAGGUAAAGGAGUGGAGAAUUGAUCUUGAAUGACAAGCAUAGUGAAUUGGCUGUCAUAUGUUCUUUAAUUUUGUUCUACAAAAUAAGUUGAUUAAUGGUUGAAUGUGUUUGUGUAUAUUUUCAUAA